UGGCAGUCGUGUCGUGUUCGCACUCGAACCUCAAAAGGACGGUUUCUCCUGCAACAUCCGUGAAUCUGACGAGAGCGAGUCCAGGUGAAUUGACGUGAACCUGCGAAGAGACUUCCGACUCGUGAGCUCAUUCUCGUGAGAGAAUGGAUGGUCAUCAGGCGUCGCGAUUUCUGGCGCUCGCGGCAUCGAUGAGUCUGCUCCUGGCCACGUACACGCCGGGCCACGUAGCCGGCUCAGGAGUGUUGCAGAUACGCGGUAUACCGGUGGCGAAGAACUCGUUGUACCGGCCAGACCGCGAUUUCGAGUGCCUGGACGGCAGUCGGCUGAUAUCGUUCACUCGGGUGAAUGAUGAUUAUUGCGAUUGUGGUGACGGUAGUGAUGAGCCCGGGACAGCAGCUUGCGCCAACGGUGUCUUCUACUGCGACAACGCCGGUCACAAGCCCGCCUACAUACCGUCAUCAUGGGUGAACGACGGCGUGUGCGACUGCUGCGACACAAGUGAUGAGUACGCGUCCAGAGUGGAAUGCAUCAACAAUUGCAACGAGCUGGGUCGGGAGGCCCGUUUGGUGCAACAAAAAGUGGAGCAAUUAGCACGAGAGGGUAACAAGCUGCGUGUAGAGCUAGUGGCCAGAGGUAAGACCAUCAAAACAGAACAUCAGUCACGUUUGGCUAAGUUGAGAACGGAUUACACGGAAGCGGAGUUGAUCAAGAAGGAAAAAGAGUUGUUGAAGAAACAAGCAGAGGAAUUAGAAAGCAUAGCGCUUGAGAAAUACAAACCAGCUGAAACAGAACAACCAGCAACUGAAGAAGCCGUUGGGGAGGAGGAAGAGGAAGACGAGGACUUAAGCGUUUCUGAAGUGGAAGAUUAUUUCAAAAUACUGGAUUCAGACUCCAGUGGUACAGUAACGCUAGUGGAACUGCAAACUAGGGCUACAUUUGAUAAGAAUAGGGACGGUGCCGUGUCAGAGGAAGAAGCCUUGUAUUUCCUUGGCGAUAAGAAGGAAGUCACUUUACAAGAGUUUACAGAUAACGCUUGGGCAAACAUCAAGCCUUUCUUGAUGUUGGAACAAGGUAUAUUCAAAGCGGCAAAGGAGAGAGGAGAGAUAAAUGAGCAUCAGCCUACAGACGACUUGGAUCAUGAGAAGGAAGGAGAGAUUCCUGAUGGAGACGAAGAGGAGGUACCUGAGGAGGAACAUGAGAAGGAAUCACCAGAACCAGAAAUUCAGUACGACGAGGAGACGCAGGCACUCAUCGAUGAAGCUACCAGUGCUCGCGAACGUUUCCAGGAGGCAGAGAAAGCCAUCAACGAGUUACAGUCAGAGAUUAGACAGUUGGAGGAGAAGCUAGGCCGUGAUUAUGGGUCUGAAGAAGUGUUUGUGUCACUUGAUGGCGAGUGCUUUGAGUACACGGACUUGGAGUAUAUUUACAAACUGUGUUUGUAUGCCAUGGCAACCCAGAGGUCCAAAUCCGGUGGUAGUAGCGUCAAUCUUGGCCACUGGAACGAAUGGGUCGGACCGACUGGUGCCAAAUACACUAAGAUGAAGUACGAUCGAGGUCUCACCUGUUGGAAUGGCCCGGCGCGUUCCACAAUUGUCACUUUGUCAUGUGGAACGGAAAAUAAGCUCGUAUCCGUAACGGAACCGAAUCGCUGCGAGUAUGCCAUGGAGUUCUCCACGCCGGCGCUCUGCAAUCCUAACGCAGCGGAGACUGCCGAUAAGCAUGAUGAACUGUAAACUCAUGGAUUUGUAUAGUAAAAUGAAAACGCGAUUAGUCGCACAUACAAUGUGAAUGUCAGGCACUUAAGUUCUUUCGGUGGAUCGCGAGAUGCGAGCAUCGAGUUGCAAGGAUCGAUAAGAAAUAACGUUGAAAUAAAAAAAGUCUUUCGCAAGUAUUUCCAAUGCAAUCGCGAUUAGUAAUGUAGCUAGUAAUCUUCUUUAUUUCAAUGAAUAUUUGUUCUUCAGUUGGGACUCAAUAUUACGUUUUUGUUUCCAGAUUAGCUAUAGUAGUCAUUACCGUUUAGCAUUUAGACGAUAGAGUUCCACAGAGAUUUCGAGACGUUAUCAGUUAUCGUACCUUUUUAAUAUCAAAAUUUGUAUUCUCUUAAAAAUGAAAUAAGAUCAUUACCAUGGAUAAAAUACAUUGUCAACGGAGCCUAGUCAUGUGUUGGUUUGAUCAAAAAAUUCAAUCGGUCUUUAUUAAUAAAUCGUGAAUCGUUCGAAAUCGUUAUAGUCCAUUGACAUGUUAUAUUAUAUAUUUUACCGAUCAUUAACUCGCAUAUCAUCGGGCCACAAUAUAUUAAUAAAAAAGGCGAAAAAAUUCUUUGA